AUGGGCGACAGACCACCAGGAAACUGGCGAAUGCCGAGGCAUAUGCCGAGGCCAAUGCCACCACAGCAUAACUCUCAAGCGACCAACGUCAGCCAUCUGACAGAGAUGAGCCUGGCCAUUGCUACGCAAAACCGACAAAGUGCCGAGAUCAUUGAGCGCUUUUGUGCCAACAUGACCAACGAGUCACGACUAUUCAAUCGACGCGACAGUUGUCCCGAGUACAAUAACGACUAUGUCGAGCUUGACUUAGACCCAAACGACCCCUACGGGACAAACAGCAAUAACCAGGCCCCCUACGAGGGCGGAGGUAACAACCAGUCGGGAGCACCUAGAAGACCCAAGGACAAAAACCAAUAUGUCGAGUCCGACUUCAGCCCAAACAAUCCAUACGGGGCAGAGAACAUCAUCGAAGUCCCUGUUCAGGACAACCAAGCCCCUUACCAAGGCAACAGUCAGACCCUCUACGAGGGCGAAGGCAACAACCAGUUCAGUCAUGGAGACCAUGCGGAAGGAAGCAACAACCAGACCCCCUACGAGGGCAGAGGUAACAAUCAGACCCCUCCUCAGAACAACCAGGCCCCCAACGAGCCACAACGACGACAAUGGCGCAUUCGACGCGAGUAUAUCGAGCCCCUCCCCGAGCCCGGCUUUGAUGACGUCGACAACCCCUACGAGGCCGAGAACAACCAGGCACCCUACGAGGGCGGAGGCAACAACCAGACCCCCUACGGGGGCGGGGGCAGCAGCGAGGCUAUAGCCCAAGCAGAGACAAGCAACCAAGGGAAAGAGCUGUUACCAAACAUGAGAGAAAGAGAAAGAGAUUCUCAAGACUCGCAGCCCCGCAACGACCGCAGUCGCUCGCCGCCACCGCAGCGAGAGAGAGAAUGCCAUCGCCCACGCGCGAUGAUACAGCCAAAGAAGCGACGAGGGUAA